UUUGGCGGCAAUAUUCAGUUCGACUUGACCAAUUCCAUUGCCGUACACACAAAAUCAUUUGUCCGAGCUCUAUUCCGUGUCAAACCAACCAUGACAAUGGCCCUUCAGUCAUGGAUGAACAGAUCUCCUCCUUUCAAUUCAGCUUCAGUUCACCCAACCCAUCAAAUAAUUUGUUCAAAUUCAAUUCCCUAGGCCGCCAUUGAAACCCUUUUGAAGUUUUUCUAAGCUCGGCAAUGGAAAGCCACACCGUCUUCUCAACCUUCAUCUUCUUCCUCUCACUCUGUUUUGGGCUUCGAGCUUUCUCUGCCAUGGCGGAUGACGAGGCAGUUACAGUGAAGGUCGGGGUCGUUCUUAACUCCGAUUCUUCGAUUGGGAAAAUGGGGUUUAGUUGUAUGGAAAUGGCUCUCUCUGAUUUCUAUGGAUUUCAUAGAAAUUACAAGACCCGAUUGGCCCUGUUCCCGAAAAAUUCCAUGGAAGACGUUAUUGAAGCUACUGCUGCAGCUAUGGAGUUAAUCAAGAAGGAAGAAGUGGAAGCCAUUGUUGGGCCACAGGAUUCAAUCCAAGCAGCUUUCAUGGCUGAUCUUGGGAAAAAAUCUCAGGUACCCAUAAUUUCAUUCUCUGCUACAACCCCAUCUCUAAAUUUUCAUUGGAACCCUUACUUUUUCCGAGCGACCCAAAUCGAUUCAUCCCAAGCAAAACCCAUUGCCGCCAUUUUUGAAGCCUUUGAGUGGAGACAGGCGGUGCUCAUUCACUCUGACGAUGAAUAUGGGGAAGGGUUUUUGUCGUCCAUGAGAGACGCUCUGAGAGAGAUUAACACUCGAGUGGCUUACGAGACUGCGAUUCCUCAAUCUGCCUUUGAUGAUAGAAUCGCUAAAGAGCUUUACAAAUUGAUGACUAUGCAAACGAGGGUUUUCGUUGUUCAUAUGUCACCGGAGCUUGGUUCGCGUGUUUUCGCCAUGGCUAAGGAGAUUGGGAUGAUGGAGUCAGGUUAUGCUUGGAUUAUAACUGAUGGGAUGAGUAAUUUUCUCUCUCGGAUUGAUGAUUCCUCCAUGGAAGCCAUGAGUGGAGCUUUAGGUGUGAGGACUUACAUUCCCAGAACGGAAAAACUUGAAGGUUUUCAGAUGCGAUGGAGAAAGAAAUUUGAAAAAGAAUUUUCCGAACUGAAUAUAUUUGGGUUACGAGCUUAUGAUGCUACUGUUGCUCUAGCUAAGGCUGUGGAGAAAGUUGGAACCACAGAGUUCAUCUUUGAGAAGUCAAAUGUUUCUGGCAAAUCUACAGAUCUUGACAAUCUUGGGGUCUCUCGAAAUGGUCCAAUGUUAUCUGAGGCAUUGUCUAAAACACAUUUCAAAGGGCUUGCAGGAGACUUCAGAAUGGUUGAAGGGAAAUUGAAAUCAUCAACUUAUGAGAUCAUAAAUAUCAAUCAUGAAAAGAAUAUUACAGUGGUUGGAUACUGGACGCCAGAAAAUGGACUGUCACAAACCUUAGACUCCACGAAGAUGAGUUCAAACACUUCUGUUUCUAAUCUUAGCCGUAUCAUAUGGCCAGGGGAUGAUCCCAAUACUUUCAGUUUCCCAAAAGGUUGGGAGAUUCCAACAAAUGAAAAGAAGCUGAGAAUAGGAAUUCCAGUCAAAUCUGGAGUCAGUAAGUUUGUUAGAGAGAUAAGGGACCCAGUGACUGGCAGGCCAAAGAGAACAGGGUACAGCAUCGAUAUCUUUGAAGCUGUGAUCGACACAAUGCCGUAUGCUGUUUCAUACGAAUACAUUCAGUUUGCAGAUGCUGAAGGAGCAAUGGCUGGUAGCUAUGAGGACUUGGUCAAGCAAGUAUACUUUGGGGUAUAUGAUGCAGUCGUGGGAGAUUUAUCCAUUAGAGAAAGCAGGUCCCUAUAUGUGGACUUCACAUUGCCAUACUCUGAAUCUAGUGUAUCUAUGGUUGUGCUAUUUCGAGAUAACAAGAACAAAAAAGCUUGGCUUUUCUUGAAGCCUUUAACGUUGAACCUUUGGUUGACGAGUGCUUUCUUUUUUGCCUUUAUUGGAUUGGUCAUCUGGAUUCUCGAGCACAGAAUCAAUGAAGAUUUCAGAGGCCCUCCCUCACACGAAAUUGGGACAAGCUUUUGGUUUUCUUUCUCAACUAUGGUUUAUGCUCAAAGGGAGAAGGUGGAAAGCAACUUGGCUCGAUUUGUGGUAGUAGUAUGGCUGUUUGUGGUGCUCAUAUUGACUCAAAGUUACACAGCCAGUCUCACAUCGCUACUAACAGUUCAAAAACUUGAGCCAACUUUCACUGAUAUGAACCAGCUGAAAGAGCAGAAGGUGAAUGUUGGAUACCCAAAUGGUUCUUUUGUUCAAGCAUUGCUGAUAGCUGAAGGUUUUGAUCCAUCCAAGCUUGUAAUUUAUAACAAUAUGGCACAUUGUGGUUCAUUGUUCUUAAAUGGGACCAUAACUGCUGCCUUUGAUGAAAUCCCUUAUCUCAAGGUUCUUACAACAACAUAUUGCACCAAUUGCACUAUCGUCGGUCCCACGAUGAAAUCCAAUGGCUUUGGCUAUGUUUUCCCCAAGGGGUCUCAACUCGGGCGUGAUGUUUCGAAGGGAAUACUUAAUAUAAUGGAGAGUGGAGUUCUGCAAGAGAUUGAAAACAAAUGGUUUAAAGGCAACAUCAGCAACCCUGACCCCAAUAGCUUGAUUUCCACCACACUUGGGCUUGAAAGCUUUUGGGGUUUGUUUCUUGUUACUGGAGCUGUAUCUUCAUCCGCUCUCAUUGUAGCUCUGGCCAGUUUUCUCCAUGAACACAAACACGUCUUGAAACUUUCCACUCUCUCAAUGUGGAAAAGGUUUCUUCUUCUUUUGAAAAUUUUCAAUGAGAAAGACUUAACUUCACCGGCAUUGAGAAAGAAUCGUCAAGACGAAAACCCAGAAGUUAAAGAUGUCAGAUUCGAACCCCAUCCCAGCCCAUCCUGUGAUUCAAGCUACAGAAAUGGAGGACUUUCACCCUGUAACUUUGAUGAUUUUCAUAGUGAUCAGAGUGCAACUCCUCAGCCAUCACCAAGCAGGUAAUUUAUUAGCUUACUGUCAAGUAUUAGAUGUUGAUUUUGAUAAAUAUGUAUGAGAUGAUCAAAUUUAUUGUUAAAAUCCUAGGUAGGUUUCCAAUAAUAGUUCAUGUAAAUAGGAAAAAGGUGUUUUUUCUUAUUUGAGAAUGGUUGAGGUGUGCAUAAGCUACCCAAGUAUUCACAAUUGAUCAAAUUUAAUAAUAACAAUUAAAUCCUUACCAUAUUGACCCA